CACAACACGAGACAGUCCGACAGCCUCCACUAUCACGCAGCAUACAUGCAGUCCACGACCCCGCCGCCGCCACAGCUUCCGUCAAUGGCAUGUCGUCCGCUGUCCAAGCAUGAACACUCCAUGUACAUGAACAUUUGCACGUCGUCGUGCCAAGGACUGAUUGAGAACGCGCUCUCGUUGGCGCGUUCCCCCGUCUCGUCCACUUUGCACUGCGGCACCACGAUGCGCGAUGCCACCAUCCACCGCGGCCGCGACGUUGUCGACAUGUCGUUGGUUGCGCUGUGUGCCGUGACCAAACUCGAAGCCACGUUGAGUGAGGUAGCGGCUCAGUACGCCCUGCUUCCCACCGAUCAAGCCAUGGAUUCCCCACAUAUGGUCGACAUGGAGCGGCGGCACCGCUCCAUCCUAGGAUCGCAUGUCGUCGCUAGGAAGCAGCUGUACUGCCUUGGCGGAGCUACGCCAGCCAUGCCGCUACAUUACGCUGGGCUUGUCUGGUAUGUCCAUGCGGCGUCGUUGCCGCUGUGUGCCCGUCGAGACUUUUGCGUGCUCGAGCUUGGCAUGUGA